GGGCCGCUUGGGUGAAGCAGACGAGCCUAAACAUCUACUCCUUUAUUCUUUGAUAUGUGUAUAAGCCUGGGUUGAGAUGUGGCAAUAAUGAGCUAAUGUUGGAAAUUGACGCAGAAGUACAGGACAACAUGUGAAGGUGGUGUCUUAGUUCCAGGUCUCCUGCCAUGAGCUAAGCCCCCCAGUGGCCUGUGGCAGGAUGACUGCUGUGUACCCGGCUGGGGGGGGUUCUGUCGGGGUCUCAGAAGUGGCCACGGGUCCCCAGCGUUAUGCCCGAUGGAGCCGACAAGACAGCUCCGACAUCUGCACGGACGACGAGGGGACCCAGCCACGCCGCCUCACCCCACUGGAGAAGCUCAAUCUGGACAUGUGCCAGGAUGAGAAGAUGGUGAAAGAGCUCACCGUGGGUCGCCGCAUCGGCUUCUACAAGAUACGUGGUGAGAUCGGCUGUGGAAACUUUUCCCAUGUCAAGCUGGGCAUCCACGCUCUGACGAAAGACAAAGUGGCCAUCAAGAUCUUGGACAAAACCAAGCUCGAUCAGAAGACGCAAAGGCUGCUGUCCCGGGAGAUAUCAAGCAUGGAAAAGCUGCACCAUCCAAAUAUCAUCCGUCUGUAUGAGGUGGUGGAGACGCUGACCCGUCUGCACCUGGUCAUGGAGUACGCAAGCGGAGGAGAGCUCUACACGAAGAUCAGCACAGAGGGGAAGCUCUCCGACAUCGACAGCAAGAUCGUCUUCUCUCAGGUUCUGUCAGCUGUGAAGCAUAUGCACGACAAUAACAUCAUUCAUAGAGAUCUGAAAGCAGAGAAUGUUUUUUACACCUGUAGCACCUGUGUUAAAGUGGGGGACUUCGGCUUCAGCACCGUCAGCCGCCGCGAUGAGACCCUCAACACCUUCUGUGGUUCUCCCCCUUACGCAGCUCCUGAGCUCUUCAGGGAUGAGCACUACAUAGGUGUUUGCGUAGACGUCUGGGCCCUGGGGGUCAUGCUCUUCUUUAUGGUGACCGGCACCAUGCCCUUCCGUGCCGAAACAGUGGCCAAGCUGAAGCGCUGCAUCCUGGAUGGGACGUACACAGUGCCUACUUGGGUGCCGGAUCCUUGCCAGAAACUAAUCCGCGGCAUCCUGCAACCCCAGCCGUCUGACCGCUACACAGUAGAGCAGAUGAUGGGCUGUGAGUGGCUGCUGCCGGUGGAGUUUCCCAAGGCCAUGGAGCCCUUCAAACUGGACCCGCUCCAUCUGGCUGAGUGUAAGCCAGGGGAGCUUGAAGAGCAUGAGAUAGAUGUGAGGAACGCCCUGGAGGCUUUUGGCAUUACUGCAGACCACAUUCGUAACAACCAGGGCAAAGACUGCAGGAGCUCUAUCACUGGAGUCUAUCGAAUCCUCUUACACCGCGCACAUAAACGACAAGCAGUAGAGAGCAUGCCAGUAGUUACUCACGUAGUGAAUGGAACUGAUGCUAAAAAGGACCGUCUGAAGACAUACAGGAGCCUUAGGCAUACGUCUAAACUCUGCAUCAUUCUGUGAUGCUCAGAAAACGUAUACAUAAUAAUGGACAGCUCAUGGGAGCUAUAGUUCAGCUAGAUAUAUUUGAUAUACCUCUUUUGUUAUUUUUUUUUCUUUCAGUCGAAAAUGAGAUCAGUGAAUGCCUCUAAUAAAGUAGUCUAUAUGAAUGAAUGAAAAGUAUGAACGUUUUCAAGCGAGUGAGUGCAAGACAUUUGUAACGUCAUGGAUGUCAUGUCAUAAAUAUAAGUAAUAAAGUGCUUUGGACUCGA